CAUACGCGGCACUUUUAGUUGCAAUAAAAAAGAUCGGUUUCAAGAGAAUCGAUUCAAAUCUAAAUGGAGAUUACAAGUAUCGAGCUUUCCAAAAUCGGAAUCGCAGCGAUCGAGUGUCGCACAUCCCUAGCUCAGAUCCCUAGGAUUUAGAUAACCUCAAACAACAAAGAUUUCUUUGCCACCUUUGGUGCGGCUAUUUAUUAUUUAAACUAUGCUGAUAAUCUUUGGCUAAAUCUAAAAUAAUAAUCUAAUAAAAAAUGUUGAAGAAUAAAGGUGCCCUGGGCUUAGUUGUUGAGUAUGGAAGCGACACUUCAGAUGACGAUGUCCCUGGCCCCAGAGUUUCGACAAAGAGAACUCACAAAAGUGAUGAUGAACUUUCUGAUUCUGAAAGACAUUACAACAAAAAGGAUAAAAUGUUACCAGUGCCACAAGUGUUCAGAGAAUUGUCUUCUGAUCAGCAUACUGAUGAUCCUGCACUACAUGAUGACAGGAUAAGAAGUUUUGCACAUGUCAGAGGAAACUGGGCUUCAUAUGCUUAUAUUCCAUUUGAAAAUAUUGAUGGGGUAGUAGACUUGGUAGAAUGUAUAAUCAAUAAACUAGCUGGUAAAAUACCCUUGAAACAAACUGAUGACUUUCACAUUAGUUUGUCAAAAACUGUGAUAUUGAAGUACCAUUGGAUACCAACAUUUGUUGAAAGUAUUAAAUCCAGGAUUGAAUUGUCUAGAAAAUUUCUAGUUAUUUUUGAUGGGCUGAAAAUCUACUGUAAUGAAGAGAGAACAAGAACUUUUAUAGGAUUACAAAUAGGAAGUGGAUAUGAUUCUCUACUAAGAAUAGUGGAAAUUGUAGACAAAUGCUUGGAAGAGUUUAGUUUAGCUACCUUCUAUAAGGAAUGUCUACAACGCGGGAUCUAACUAAGGGCCAUGCUUGUUUGAAGCUCUAAACUUACUUGGUGGAAUCUGAGAUAUCCGUCCGAUGAAUGGGAGCUGCAAGCAAAGUCCUGGUGGGUGAAUGCUCGGACAUAUCCACGUGUCCCACGGGAAUGGCGGAUGGCGCAGGCGGCUCCGGCGGAAAGUCCUCCGUGUCCACGCCGAACUGGGAGAAGAUCGUCUGUAGUUGCCGGAAUCAAACGAAUGUGCGGGUUAGUGCAUGUGGUUUAUGGGUUAAUAUGAUGCGUGCUAUAGUGCUGGUGCAAUCUUUAUACAGGGGGUUAUAAAACUGUAUUGUGUCUUUUCACAGCGUUUACUCUUGUAAAAAUAAACAAAGUUUUCUGGUUCAAUAUACAUCUUCUCUAUUCUAGUCUAGUAGGG